AGGCUGAAAAAGUGAAGCUGGAUCGUAUAGCUGCGGGAUAAAUAGCUGAUUAUUUCUUCAGUCAUAAGGGUUCAUGGCGAAACAGUGGACUCCGUGGGAAGGAAAGGAUCCCUGAGAGUCAGGGGGCAUCAGGCUUCAUCACAGAUAGCAGAGGAAGUCCCAGAAUCCACUGUGAAUGAGAACAACAUGAGGCUUCCUAAACGCUGUGCAGCACACAGGCGUCUGUUGGUACUGGCUGUGAUUGUAGGUUUGCUGUGUUUGGUGAUGGUCUCUCUGCCGCUGAUUGAGACAGAGACGGAGCCAAGCAAACCUCCGGUCCCGCACGUCGUCGACCCCGCCCAUAAAAAGCAGGUUCAUGAGCAUGUGCACAGAGUCGUGGAGAGUCCGUGUCGUCCCAGCAGCACCAGGCGCAGCUUGUUGGAUCGACUCCCCGCUUCCAGUCACAUGACCGGGCCCUUUCUCUGGAAGGAUGUGCCGCUCCCCGAUGACCUUUUCCUCUAUCCACCACCCUUUGGAUUCAGAGGUCUUCAGAGCAAAGUAGAGUACCUGCUGAAACAGCUGCCAGACUCUGACUCUUUACCUCAGCUGGAAAAGGCAUCCGAGGAAUGUCGGCGCUGCGUUGUCGUGGGAAACGGAGGCAUUCUCAAAGGGCUGGAGCUGGGCCCACUGAUAGACCGGUUUGACACCAUCAUCAGGUUGAAUAGCGGUCCUCUUGGAGAGUUCAGUGCUGAUGUGGGGAACCGAACCAGCAUCAGGAUGAGUUACCCAGAGGGGACGCCGCUCCACUGGAUGGACAUAGACCCACACACUCUGUUUGUAGCUGUGGUGUAUAAAAGUGUAGACAUCAGCUGGAUCUCUGCUAUGAUCAACAAGUACACCGUGCCUCUGUGGGACUGGAUCUUCUUCUGGCAGAAGGUUCCAGAUCAAAUCCCUGUUGAGCGUCACAGGUUCAGACUUCUAAACCCACAGGUCAUCAAAGAGACUGCACUGGAUCUCCUGAAGUACCCUCCACCCAGACCACGCCUGUGGGGAAGAGAGAAGAACGUUCCUACCAUCGGGGUCUCUGCACUGAACCUGGCCAGUCUGCUGUGUGACGAGGUCAGCCUGGCCGGCUUCGGCUACACCCUGGCCCAGCAGGGGGCGCCGCUGCACUACUACGACAACCUGCCCAUGACGGCCAUGCUGAAGCAGACUUCACACAAUGUGGACAGAGAGACCGAGCUCCUCCGGGACCUGGUCAGAGAGGGAGCCAUCAGCGACCUGACGGGGGGGAUUCACUGCUCCUUCUGCCCCAGCUGACCCAAAGACUCCUCACUAUGAACCACUUACCUUUUUAUGUUGUAAAGGGUUUUUUUUUUAAAAGGACAAUACAUACUGUACAUAAGCACUAGCAAGCAACAGCAGGACCAAAAGAUGAGAAGAGAGGAAGAAAAACAGGUGAGAGAAAAAGUUAGCACAAACACUAAAAUACAUCUCGUCUAUUGUCUGUGAUAUUUGUCACAAAAUGCUUCUUGAAGCACAAGCGACAUUAAAACAAGAAUGUUUUUUCUCUUAGAAAAAAAAAAAAUCUUGUAUUAACAAUUUCAUUCUUCUGAGCCAUAGACUUUAAACGAACUAGUGGAUGAAGUUUCUCUGAGAAUACACCCAACUAAAAGUUUCUGUACAUAUGGAAAAUGUAUCAUUUUAAUUAAAAAAAAAUCCUCAUGAGAUCAAAACAACCCAAGUAGUUGAUGCAUAUGAAAAUGUAUUUCUUCAGUUUCAUUUUUAUGUUUUAAAGGUGUUUUUUAAACUGUAUAGAUCAGCAUAUCUUCAUCACUCCUGUUCAAUUAAGCAGAAUAACAACUUGACAGUUGCUUCCUGUCUGUGGUGUUAGUGGCAGUGUUUCUCACGCUGAUUCACAAAAAUUCAAAUGAAUCCUUCUUUAUCUUGCAGUCCUCCAAAUGGAACAAAUGAAAUGUGUUAUUUAUUUAGCUUUUUUUUAAUUCAUGUAUUUUUAUAACCAUUUGCACUGUUAAUGAGUGAAUAACUUUUACACUGCACACACUUGUUCAUGAAUUCAAGCCUCAUUUUUUGACCUAAACCUUUGUAAUUUAAUCAGUUUGACUUAGGACAACACAGUUUUCUUCCAGUGACCAUCACUUCAAGGAAGAUAGUCAAUUCUUGUCAAAUAUUUAUUGGAAGCAGCUGUAAAGAUUUUUUUGCUCUUUCUGAUUUAUUUAUUUAUUAUUAUUUUGUCAUUGUGCUGUUGUUUGACCUUGUUAUCAAAAUGUACAUAUGGUGAAAAUAAAUACAUCAUCACACAGAAA